CCAAAUUAACACAAAUUAGAGGUUUUUGCAUCAUAUUUGGACACCCAUGCUUUUCUCCCGUCAGUUAUGACUUUACAGUCCAUCUUCCCCCAAAACCCAAAGCAACUCCAGCUACCAUAUCUUCUGGCCAAACAUUUGAAAACCCACAUCCCAUAAAUAUACAUCAUCCCUCUUUGCCCAAAAGCUUGUUUAGACUCCGGUGGGCCUGCAAAACUCACCACAUAUAUUUUCUCUUCGGCCUAAACCAUUUUUUGGCUCCAGCUAACCUGCAAGACUAGCCGCUUGCACUCAGAAUUGGAAAUAGCAAUACAAACAAUGGUAAGGGAGGAAUUCACUGUCUGGAUUCCUUCUUGUUUGUAAAUAAUUUCCAUUUCAUCGGCUUAGAUUGGGGACUUAAUCCUUCUUCCGUAAUUUUCUAAACCUAUUCUAUUUUGAAACAACAAUACGUGAAAUUGAUGGUCAAGCUAUGAUUUUCCUUGAUUUGGUUGAAAAUAAUGAUAUGGUUGGAUUGAAUAUGGCUUAUUAAAAGUGAAUUUGAACUAAUUGGAUUGUAUAUGACUUAAUAAGAACGAAAGGAAAGGAAAAGUAGACAUUCUGGAGUGGAGUGAGGCUGGGAAAUCAACUUGGGUAGCCCUAAUUGCUUUUUCUGGAUGAGUGGAUGCCGAUGCCCUUGUUCUCUUGGGCUCCGGGAAGCAAAUGUUUUUAGAUGGAAGAAGAUAUGGGUGGAGAAGGUUGAGACGAAGGUCGAAGAAGAAAGGGUGAGGGGACCUUGGAAGGCUCGAUGACGGGCUAAAAUGGAAUCAAAAAAUUUAAAUUUGUGUUUAUUUGGUCUAUUUAAAACUGUAGUGUCUCAUCUGUAUUUCAUUGAAAAGUGUCAAUUUUGGCUUUUAUCCCGAUUUGUUAUAACUAAACUACUCUAGGGACAGUUUUGUCUAAAAGGGGAUUUUUGACAAAACAAAGACACCAUUAAUUUCACUUUGGGAGAGCUUCAUAGUGAAAGGUCAGGGAACAUGGAUUCUCCUCACUCUGCUAAACUCAAUCUUUAAUUUCUCUAACCGCUCUCCGCUGCUUCGCCCGUUCCGCUGCUUCUCCAUUUCGACUGCAGUUUUUUCGACUUGCUUGCCGAAGUUGGGGAAGGAAUGGAUAGAAUCAGUCAACUUCCUGCGGGUAUUCUUGACCAUAUUAUGGGAAUCUUGCCUAUCCAAGAAGCUGCUAAAACUGCAGUUUUAUCUACCGUUUGGAGAGAUAUCUGGUACAGUCUUUCACAACUGUGCUUUGAUCAUCACUUCUUUUGUUACAUGGAUAGAAAAUAUCGUGGGGCUAGGAAAAGUGUCAGGAGAUCUUGCGGUUUGCAUGUAAUAAACAACAUUCUCUUGCAGCAUAGUGGAUCUAUCCGGAAACUCGUCAUUUGCUUUUCAAAUGCUGCAAGACUUGGUGCUAAGUCACCUUCCUAUGACAUGAACCAAUGGUUUCUUAUAGUUACACAAAAAGGCAUUGAAGAAAUCCACCUCCGUCUUGCACAUAACGCAUACCAGCUACCGGAUUGCAUUUUUUCAUGUUCAACACUCAAGAGAUUACAUCUUGAUGGUUUCUGUAUUGAACCAUUUACUGUCCCUUGCAAGUUACCAAAUGUGACUUCGCUUUGUUUUGAAUAUGUUGACUUUGCUCCUACAAGUCCUUCAAACUAUGCUCUUGAUGUUCCUGUGCUGGAGAAUUUGUCAUUUAAGAAUUGUGUGAACAUGUCUCAAUUCAACUUUAUGGCUACAAAUUUUCAUAGUUUGACAAUCGAAACUAAUACCUUUUGUGCAUGGAGAACUUUUCUCCCGGUUAACAUGAACUUGACCUGUAUCUGUAAUCUCAAUUUGACAGAUUCAUCUCUUCAGUACCUUGUUGAAGAACUAGAUAGAAGACUGAAAAGAGGCCUUCCGUUACAACUAAAUGUAGACUACCUGAAGCUAUCAGAUCAUUAUUGCCAAAUUGCUGAUAGGACUUCUGCAUUUGUUCGUUUGCUACGGCUGUGCCCGAAGUUAUGCAAACUUGAUAUAAGAUUCUGGUUUGUAGAGGCUUGUAAUACUAUGGAUGAUGCAAUGGUGAAUGCUUUGGAAGAACUUCGAAGUGUUGCUCAAGCACACAACAAGCUUCUUGCUUUGAAGCUUAGCUCUGUUAAUAGAUUGGGGUUCAAAAUGAUUUACAUUGAGGAGUUACUUGCCUCUCUUCCGGCACUAGAAAAGGUUGUCAUUAUUAGCCCCUUUGACAUUUUUGACUGCAAGGAGAAAUACGAGUUUAGGAAACAAGUCUUGAAUCUUCCUCGUGCUUCCGUCAAAGCAAAGAUUGUGUUUGUGUAGUGACUUUCAGUCUAAGUUUAUUGUAAUUUUAGUGCAAUGUUGCAUCCUGUGAUAUGUUCGUAUGUCAUACUGGAGGGCAAUUUGUUAUGCAGUAAUGCAGUAUAACGUGAUUACAAAAACGAAUUGAGCGUUAAUGUCAGAUGGAAAUAGAAAUACUUUGCACUAUAUUUGGCCUAUUCCCC